AUUUAGCUGCUCUUCUGACAGGUGACCCCAACUCCCAAGCUCCAUAUUAUUAUUCUAUAUUCUCCCUAUUUGCCAGUGUACCCACUAAGCUUUUACCCUCCUUCCUUCACUUGUCGCUUCGCUCUGCCCGCAUGCCCACUAUCUUCUCUCCCACUUAUCUGACCACGCUGCGACCCACAUAAACAAAAAGAAGAAAAAAAAGUGGCUUCCAUCAAUACAGCAAAGAAUACAAACCUAGGAGGAGGAUUAUGGAGAGCUUACCCAAUGGAAAUACCAUUAAUCCCAUCCCUAUGCAAACCAUGUUCAUGCAGCAGCAGCAGCAGCACAACCAGCACCAGCAACAAGGCUUACCCUUCAAUGAAAGCGUCCAAUUUGAGCCCCAUGAUUUCAUGCCCCGCAACACCUUCACCCAUUCUGAUCUGCUGAACCAGGGAAACCAUGCCUAUGACCACGCCCAUGGCCAAUGCUCUUCUUCUUCCUUCAUCUCACCCACAUCUGCUUACAUCCAUGCAAACUUUGCAGGAUCAUGUUCCAGAUCGAUUAUGCCAGACAUGACACCUCCUCAAGCCUCCCAAUCCUUCGAAGAUGACUUCCAUUCCACUGCGCCCAACACAACCGCAGAUGCUAACACUGACCCCAAAAACGUGCAGAGUGUAUGGUCAUCGCCGGGCAAAGUGAAGCCGAAGACAAGGAGAAAACUGAGGGAGCCCAGGUUCUGCUUUCAAACCAGAAGCGAUGUCGAUGUUUUAGAUGACGGAUACAAAUGGAGAAAAUACGGACAGAAAAUUGUCAAGAACAGCCUUCAUCCAAGUGCAAAAGAUCGUAAACAUCUUAUACAAAUCACCUUUGCGCUGUACCUGCAAAAAUGA